CCUUAUGGCCUUAUGGGUCGAGGACUUGAAGUAAACAGAUUUAAGAUUUGCUUGAGGGAAGCCAAGAUUUUCGAUGGUCCACACAAGAACCUAAAAUUGAAUUGGAUAGCUUUCAACAACAUCAACGUCCACAACUUUACCAUGAUCAACAGUCUGUUAUUUUCUAGCACAAACUCGCCAUCUCCGCAGAGUAAUUACGCUCUUUGUCAACACACAUCUAAAACUAAAGCUCGGAUUUGUGUCAAAACAUUCAACAGCGAUUCCAACAAUAAGGAUGUCAUCAUCGCGGAUGUUGACUGGAGACUUGGACCCUUGUGUUGACGUCGUUUGCCAUUAUCACUGUCUGUGCAAAGCAUUUGGGACCUUAUGAUGCGAGUUGCAUCUCUGUGGAGAGCUGUCCAUCAUACCAAGAACCUAUCUGCUCAUCAAACGGCUCAACAUAUGAUAACGAGUGUCUGUUUCGGCAGGAGAUGUGUGUUCUUCGACCUAACUACACUGUACAGCACCCUGGUUGCUGUACAGAGUUUACCAUCAUUCUCUUUUUCGAAAGUGAAUUUUAUGUUGGGGUGCCGUGAAUUAAUGUAAUCAAAAAAUGACAUAGCAUCCUGUUCAUUGUGGAAGACACAGAGGGUGUCGUCAACAUAACGCCUAUAAAGUAGAAGGCUAGUCGAAUGGUUAAAAUUAUUUAGCCACGUUUCCUUGUAGAAACCAAGAUAAAGAUUAGCUAGGAUGGGUG